AAUUGUUGACUCAAUUGUUGUGAAGUAAUAGUCGUUGUGUUUGUGAGCCAUGUAUUGGAGAGGAGGUGUGAGUUGUGGUCCGAUUGCGGCCACAAUCGCGUCGACCGACCGAUCGUUUAAGGACUCAAUCGGAAGGAUGUCUCGCCUGUUCUAUACCUACGGGAAGGUAUGCGCGUCUCAUCCGUGCGAAGUGAUGGUCGCCUUUUUCUCACUGCUCUUCAUAUCGAUGUUUUCGAUGGGCUCUCAAGUCCUCCACAACCAACCGAAUACAUACUCUUCCGGUCAUUGCCUUAAGAACAGCGAAUGCUUUGAGGCCAUCGAUUACUUAGUCAAUAAUUGUUCCAAAAGUACUUUUAAGUUUAUUAUUGUUUGUCGGGUGGACAAUCUGUGUAUUGUGAAACUGAUGCUU